UUUUUCUUCCCUAUAAAAACGGCCCUCUCUUCUUCAACUUCGGUAACCCCAGUUGUGGACUUCGUUGAAAUUGUGAGUCUCUCAGGAAGAGGACAAGACUGCGAAAUUUCCCACUGGUUUUUCAAUUUGGUCAAAACUGAAUUCCCCCGUUCUCUCUCAGAUCUGGUCCGUAGAUCAAUUGUAGAGUUGCAUUCCAAAACAAUGGCUCUAGCAUCUGUUGAUGGAAGAUCAAAGCUAAACCCGAACGCCCCACUUUUCAUCCCGGCUGCAUACCAGGUGGAGGAUUUCUCCCCACAAUGGUGGCAAUUGGUCACAACCUCGACAUGGUACCGCGAUUACUGGCUCAGCCAACACCAGGAAGAGAGUGACUUCUACAUGGACGGCGAAGAUGAUUUCAGUACCGACAUUGCUGAUUUUUUGCCAGAGGCAUUUGAUCUCGAUGCGAGCGAAGAACUCCGCACCAUGGAAGCUGAAUUUGAGGAGUUCAUUCAAGCUUCCCUUACUGAAGGGUACCACCUUGAGAAGUAGUAGCUACCUUAAGAAGGUGACCGUAAGAGACUUCCUUCCUUCAUGAUCAGCUUGCAUUUUCAGGUUUACCAUGUUGAUAAGAUAAGCGUAUGAAGCAAUUCGCAGUUUCAUUUUUCUUUCUUUCUUUGUUUCUUUCUUUUUAUCUUCUUUUUAAAGUAACUUGUUUACAAAGCAAGGUUGCUAGUUUUGCAACAUUUGCUAGCCCAUCUUGUUCAUUAUAUAAGUGUCCCCGAAAAAUUGUAAAAAAAAAUGGAAAUAGUUUUUAAUGAGAAAGAGAUCUUCGUUCUCUAGGAUUUUAUUUUGA